ACUGCUUAUGUAUGUCGUCUGUCACAGUCGCUCGCCAGUCGUUGAAGUUAUAAUAAUAACAAAAUUUUACCAAUAAACUUUGUUUUUAACAGUUUCAAUUUAAAGAGGAAAUGCCAUCAAAUUUCUGAACAAAGUUGAAAUCGUAUCACAAAGUCAUGGCGCUCUACGAAGGCAUUGCUCUUAUUCAAGAAAAACAAGCAGUCGUCUUGGAUCUUGGCACGGACUACACUAAGUUUGGGUUCACGGGCGAGGCGGCGCCGCGCUGCAUCGUUCGCUCAGAGUUCUGGUGCCCAGCGGAGCGCCGGUACAAGCGACUGCACGACUACAGCUCACCACAGGAACUCUAUGACAAUAUUGUUCAUAUGCUCCAUUUGUUAUAUUUUAGGCAUGUCCUGGUGAACCCAAAAGAGCGCCGCGUAGUGGUGGUGGAGUCCCUGCUCACGCCCACGCUCUUCCGGGAGACCCUCGCCAAAGUCCUCUUUAUACAUUACGAGGUGUCGGGCGCGCUGUGGGUGGACAGUGGGCGGGCGAGCGCGCUCACGCUGGCCGCGCCCGUCGUGCUCGUCGUCUCCAUAGGAGCGCGCGACGCGGAGGUCACUGCAGUGGUGCACGGGUGCCCGGUGCUGCGCGCGCUGCAGUCCCAGCCGCUGGGCGCGCGGGCGGUCAGCGCGGAGCUGGCGCGUCUGCUGGACGAGGACAACGGCCGCGCGCUCAACUUGCCCGACGACGUCCUCGAUGACAUUAAAGUGCGCGCGUGCUUCGUGCCGGGACGCGAGGCGGCGCUGCAGUGGGCGGCGCGCGGCGUGCCCGCGGAGGUGCGGGAGGCGCGGCGCGGGGCCGACGCGGUGGUGUCGCGGCGAGCGCGCGCGCUGUCCGCGGAGCCGCUGUUCGCGCGGGACGAGGAGCUCGCCUCCCUGCCCGACAUGGUGCUGCAGUGCAUCGCGCAGUGCCCGAUAGACGCGCGGCGAGCGCUGGCCGCCUCCGUGCUGGUGACAGGGGGCGGCGCCGCGCUGCCGGGCCUGCGCGCGCGCCUCGCCCAGGAGCUGCGCCACCUCGCCAAGCUGCCGCCCUACAAAGAGCGGCUGCAGGAGCUGCAGUUCAAGUUCCACUCUGCGCCGGCGCACGAGAACAGCGUGGCGUGGGUGGGCGGG